AGAAAGAGAGAGAGCGAGAAAUUCUGAAGUACUUUCCAAAUGGAUAUAAGGCAGGAUAAGUGCAAUCCGAUGUAAUAUUUUUUUCUAACUAUAAAAAGAUCUGUAGAAUAAAUUAAAAGUUUACUACCAUAUCUCGCUUAACUUUAUUUAUUUCGGUAGUACAUCGAAUUGCAAGAGUUUGAUAAUCAUAGAUCACUAUGCUCCGUUAUAAAAACGCAUAAAAUGAUUAAGUUCGUCAAAGAUUCGUAUGACGCAGAAAUAAUUUAGAGGAAGAUUGAAGAGGAAGACGAGAAAAAUUGAAGAUUGAGGGAGACACUAUCAAUAGUGAAAAGAUGGCGGACUGUGAGAAAGAGGAGGCUCAUAAUCUCCAAAUGGAGUUUGAAUGGCUUCUACACGAAGAAGUUCACUCUUCAUUAUCCCAACUUCGCAAUAUCCUAAUGGAAUGCGCACAACGAUUUCCAUUGGCUGUUUUUGGUAAUGAUCAACUCAAUAAGACAGACAGAUUUGUAUUUGCAGCUCCGCAUGAUCAAGUAAAAUGUGUAGCAGUACUUACCGGUGAUAGUAUCACAAAUGCAGAAGUUAAUUUCAAAGUACAACGUCAACCAAAUGUUAACAUGAGAACAAGUAUAGUAAAUGAACAUCCUUGGAAAUUACAACAAAUACAAGAUGCUGCUAAUCAUUUACAACAAGCUAUUGCAUAUAUUGAUAAUGUUGAUCGGCAUUAUCUUUUCAAAACAUCAGAUGAAGUUAUGCAUGUACUAGGUAAUAUAUUGGGUAGUCUUCAACGGAGCAGAACUAGUUUAAUUGUUCCCAGAAAGAAAACUAUCGAUGACCUCAUCAAAAGUCGAAAUAUGAAAUCUUUAAGUCCUAAUCUUCCAGAGAAUUUAGCUAUUAGCUUUUACAUUCAAAGCUAUAAACUGGUUUUAGCAGUCUAUCAAUUAGAAAAUGCACAUGGUAGUGUUAAACAUGAAACUCAACAAGCAGAAUGUAGUGUACCAUGGUUAAAUGAUGCAUUGGUACUUCUAACCAUAGCAUUGCAACUUUGUCAACGUUUGAAAGAUAAGAUUUGUGUUUUUUCUCUAUAUAAAGAUUUUACUGUGAGCACACAUGUUCCUUCAACUACCAGUUGGUAACCUUAGAUAUAAUUUCAUCUUCAAAAUACUGUAUUAUAAAAAUGGUGCUAUAUAAGGAUUAUUGGUUCUAGUUAGCUGCUAGUUCAACAAGCCAAUAAUGCUUAUUAAAGUCAGAUAGAGGAUAGCAUCCCCUUUUAUUAUUUUAACUAUUAUUGUACACGGAAUUUGUUUUUACAAAUUUUAGAAGUAAUUAUUUAUAGUGCGUGCCUAGAAUAGUAUUAUAGAAAUUUAAUAUUUCACUAUGAAACACUAAAGGAUGGAGGUGCAAAAAUUAAAAAUGGUAUUCUCAUGCUAUUUUGCACACUACAUAAAAAUUAACUAGAUACAACAGAAAAAGGAAAUUCAUGUAUUUUGCCAAUUAUGUGUGUGCCGAGAGUUACUUUGUAUUGAAAUACUUCUUUUCCUUAUGUAUUUUUACAUAUGUGCAAGUUUAACAAAUUUUUUAUGUAAAGGUUGCAUCUUCUACACAACAAAUUUGAGUUGAUUGAA